AUGGUCCUCUCCAAAUUCAGCUUGCUCCUCAAGAAACAAGGCAGACAUAGUGAAGAAGAACAAGUUCAUGGAUUGAUCAGGGAGUCGAACAAUGUCAAUGAAGAAUACAUGGAAGUCUUUAGAACCAAUUCUUUCAUUGAAAUGUACAACAAGAUUCAAAACAAGUGGGGAAGUAAAAGCAUAGAGAAACUACCCUCACCGCGUUCUCUUCCGCAUGAUCAACGUUUCUCUCAAGGCCUGCUCGAUCCAGACUCAUCAACCCUAGCAGAGAUCCUCCUCAAAAUCCCGGAUGAUGAAAUCCGCCAGGUUAUUGCUAUCUUCUUCAGGAUCAGCUCUGAGGCGUGCAGAAUAUUCGAGUCUGUUCUGAAAAGCAUUCAUCAAACAAGGGCUAACUAUAGUGCAAUAGGAAGAGUAAUUGAGCAAUUACAGCGGACAACAGAUUAUGAUGAUGAUCAACGAAAUAAAUUAUAUGGAAGGCUUGCUUCUUUUGCUUUGCUUAGGAAUCCUCUAGCAACAACUGGAAAAGCUCAAUUUCAAGAUAUUCAUGAUAACCUCUACGAGUCACUUCAACAGUUCACCUCACGAGCCAAAAAGAUCAGGAGGAGAAGAAAACUAGUAAAAUUUUGCAAGAGGAUUGCUGGAGGAACUCUAAUUGCCACUUGUUGUGUGUUAGCUAUUGCCUUGAUAAUCCUAACAAUCCAUAGUGUCGUUGGAAUUGCCGCUGUACCGGGUCUAGCUGCUAGCUCUCUGGGCUUAUUCUUGAAACGGGUCAAGAACACUAGACGGGUCCUAACCAAGACAACCUACCUAGAAAGACUUGAAGCUCAACUUGACAAUGCUGCUAAAGGGAUCUACUUACUCAUCAAUGAUUUUGACACCAUGAGUCGGAUCAUGGCUAGGUUACAUGAUGAAAUUGAACACGGGAAAUUCAUAGCUGACUUGUACCAGAGAAGAUCAAUGAGCAAUGAGAUGGUGCUGAAGGAGGUGGUGAGGGAGUUUCGGACUAACAGAAAUGGAGUAAUUAAUCACUUAAAGGAACUCGAGGACCAGGUACACCUCUGUAUCCUCAACAUCAACAGAUCGAGAAGACUGUUAACUCAAGGAAUAGUAGUACGAUAA